CAUCAAUAUGUUUAUUGUGUGCGAUCGAGAAAGCUCGGUUUCCAAAACUGUCGGGAAAAAACGUUUUCUUGAGAGAUUUUUCUCUUCUCUGCACCACAAAUCGAUUAUGUGCAUAAUCGGUAAAUAAAGCAAGGGAUUCAAAUAAAAUCAAAUUUAUUAGUAAAGUGUGCACCAAACGAUUCGAGUCUCAAUUGAAGUUAUCUUGUAAUAUGGAAAAUAAGAGAAUAUUAAUUGGACUUUUCUUCGUGUUACUCCAAGCGGCGAGCGGAAAGGGGGCUGACCCCGCUCUUCCAUUUGAUAACAGGCCAUUAAAUAUAUAUGUCGAUGGAGGUAAGGAAAUAGACAGUUUCUUAAGUUUGGCCAAAAAAAUCGAAAAUACGCAAAGCCGAAUAGAAGGUACACUGGAUAGAAUGUCCGCAGAAAUAAAAACAAUGGCGGAAAGAAUUUCUGCGGAAGCCCAAGCAACAGAGGAAAGGUUAAAUCAACGAGUGACAGCGGAGGCCAAAGCAACAGAGGAAAGGUUAAAUCAACGAGUGACAGCGGAGGCCAAAUCUACGGAAGAAAAGUUUAAUCAACGAGUGACAGCGGAGGCCAAAGCAACAGAGGAAAGGUUAAAUCAACGAGUGACAGGGGAGGCCAAAGCAACAGAGGAAAGGUUAAAUCAACGAGUGACAGCGGAGGCCAAAGCAACAGAGGAAAGGUUAAAUCAACGAGUGACAGCGGAGGCCAAAUCUACGGAAGAAAAGUUUAAUCAACGAGUGACAGCGGAGGCCAAAGCAACAGAGGAAAGGUUAAAUCAACGAGUGACAGGGGAGGCCAAAGCAACAGAGGAAAGGUUAAAUCAACGAGUGACAGGGGAGGCCAAAUCUACGGAAGAAAAGUUUAAUCAACGAGUGACAGCGGAGGCCAAAGCAACAGAGGAAAGGUUAAAUCAACGAGUGACAGCGGAGGCCAAAGCAACAGAGGAAAAGUUAAAUCAACGAGUGACAGCGGAGGCCAAAGCAACAGAGGAAAAGUUAAAUAAGCGAAUGUCUGUAGAGAUGGAAGCUAUAGAGGAACGCUGGAAUAAGAAAUUGUCUGAAAUGAGCAUCCAGCAAAGACAAAGAAAAUCUGGAGAAGUAAAUGAGUUAAGGAAGCAGCAGAGAAAGAGUUCAGACGUUGCAAUAUCCAACAAACGUCCAGCAGAGCUUGCGUGCGAUGCAAUAAGCAAGGAUUUACGAUCGAGUGGAUUGGCCGAUAUUACUGGUAAUCCCUACUAUUCCUUUUGGUUUUAUAAAACUCAUAAUGGAGGUCCUCAAAUUUGCAAUGGCGCUUUGAUCGACAAACGUUUCGUUUUAACUUACUCAGAUUGCUUGUUUAAGAACGCAUUUAUAGAAGUAAAAAUUCCUUUCACUCCAGAGCACAAGGGAAUUAAGUCAAUUCACAUACAUCCCGACUACUCAACUGAAACAGCUUCACUUCACAAUAUUGGCUUGGUUGAAUUGGACAGUGAUGUGGAGUACAGUCACGGCUUGUAUCCAGUGUGCUUAUACACAACCCAGUCGAAUCCAAAGAGUAACUUGAUAUUAAGAUACACAGAAGUUCAAAUUGUGGCGGAUACUCAAUGUGAAAAAAAGAACACUACAUCUGAAGUAUGUGCACAGAACAUAGAAUUAGGUUGCAGUUACACUGGCGAGCCGAUAUAUUUUGGAAAGAAAGAAUUCCCCAAAUUUUAUUUGUUUGGAAUUGUAUUCAAGAGAACUUGCUAUCGCAAACCCUAUGUGAUAACGAAAGUAUUUGAUCACUUAGAGUUUAUAGAAGGCAUUGUAUGGCCGAAGAAAGAUUAUUAAAUUUUGAAUGUAAAAAAAAUUUCCAAAUAAUAUGGUAUAGAAAUAAAGGUCAAUAAAGGUCCAUAAGUAAUUUGUAGAAA